AAACACACAAAAAUAAAAUCCAAAAAACCUUGCCUUCUUUCCCAAGUUUCAUUUCAAACAUAUUGCAAUUCUUAAACAUAAUUUCGAUUACCAUUAAUUUCUUCUUAAAUUGAUUUGCUUAAUUUACAAAAAUGAUGAGCCGUAGUGUAACGAGGAUAGCUCGUUCUAUGAUAAAUCAUAUUGGUCCACGUAACUUUUCAACUCUACGUCCGGUGGCCGGAAAUGAAGCCGGAAUCGGAGUUGUCACCGCCGCAGCCGGUUUCUUGCAUGGGAAUUCAAUGAAGGGUUCCGAAAAGGUGGUGGCGCAUUGGGUUAGGUACUUUUCGGUGAUGGGCCCGCGUAACGCGAGCACUGUAGCUUUGAGUGACAAGGAGCACAAUGAUCAAGACGAUCAGAAGAUAAAUCAAAGCGGCGCUACUGGUAGGAGCGCCGCCGCUACUGAUAGUGGGAAUAAUAAAGGAGUUGUUAGCUAUUGGGGUAUUCAGUCUCCUAAGGUUACAAAAGAAGAUGGUACACCAUGGAGGUGGAACUGCUUUAUGCCAUGGGAGACGUAUAAGGCAGAUUUGUCAAUAGAUCUGAAGAAACACCAUGCGCCAGUGACGUUGUUGGAUAAAGUGGCUUAUUGGACAGUCAAGGCUCUUAGAUUCCCUACCGACUUAUUUUUUCAGAGGAGAUACGGUUGUCGCGCGAUGAUGUUAGAAACUGUGGCAGCAGUACCAGGGAUGGUUGGAGGAAUGUUAUUACACUGCAAAUCGUUGCGCAAAUUCGAACACAGUGGUGGUUGGAUCAAAGCAUUAUUAGAAGAAGCAGAAAAUGAGAGAAUGCACCUUAUGACAUUUAUGGAAAUAGCAAAACCAAAAUGGUACGAACGUGCACUUGUUUUUGCAGUACAAGGUGUAUUCUUUAAUGCCUAUUUUGUGACAUAUCUUUUGUCACCAAAAUUGGCACAUAGAAUUGUUGGAUAUUUAGAAGAAGAAGCUAUUCAUUCGUAUACCGAGUUUCUUAAGGAGUUGGAUAAGGGAAAUAUUGAGAACGUCAGGGCACCAGCUAUUGCGAUUGAUUAUUGGCGUUUGCCAGAAGAUUCGACUCUUAAAGAUGUUGUCAUGGUUGUUAGGGCGGACGAGGCUCAUCAUCGCGAUGUCAACCACUUUGCAUCGGAUAUUCAUUACCAAGGACAAGAGCUGAAGGACUGUCCAGCCCCACUUGGGUAUCAUUGAGACAACAGACAUCUUAGCUGAACCAAAUUAAAGAAUGCAAAAUAGUGAUAAUAUUAUUGAUUUGUGUAGGACUAAUAUCUUGAUUAUUGUACAUAAUACUGUCUCAUCUUAUACUAUGAGUUAGAAUGGUAA